CCCACGCCCUCUUCUUGCUCUUGUCGCGAAGAUGGCGGCGUUCAUGAGACGCAUGUUGUGGCAUCUUCUUACAGCAGAGCGAAGUAAUAUUCUGAAAAAAGGCAACGACUGUAUCGUAGAUUCAAAGAGAUACGUGCGAGCAUUGAAAAGGAGACCUGUGAAGGUGUUGUAUCCUGAUAGUGAGACGACAUCGAAACAGAGGUCAGAUAAAAUCGGCAACAAGCAGUCUCAGACAGUUGGGUCCACUGUCAACGCCAAUUUAAAAAAUGAGACCACUGAUAGUGUUUUCAGCAUGUCAUGGAGUGCCAGAAAUGGCAAUGCAUCCUCAACGUCGGAACAUACAACCAAUCUGAAGGACCAACUAGGUGGCCUCAAAUUCGAAAGGGCCUUCCCUGGUGACAAAAGAUUGGCGAGGGUGGUGAGUGUGGCUCGCUCCAGGACGUUUCGGGAGCACCAGGGUAAGAUCCUGUUGGAGGGGAGACGUCUGAUCUGCGAUGCCCUGGCUGCUGGAGCCAACCCUCAGAUGGUGUUCUUCAGUUCUGUGGACAGACUGUGUGAGCUCCCCUUGGACAAACUGAAGAGGGCCACUCUGGUCAAAGUCAAGUUUGAGGACAUCAAGAUCUGGUCUGACCUUGUAGCGCCACAGGGAGUGAUAGCCAUAUUUUCUCGGCCAGACCCAUCCCGGCUGACAUUCCCUCAGGACCAGCGUGGUCAUUCUGUGCCACUGUCCCUGAUCUGUGACAACGUGCGGGACCCUGGGAACCUGGGCACCAUCCUGCGCUGUGCUGUCGCUGCAGGCUGCAACAAUGUCCUGCUCACCAAGGGCUGUGUGGACGCUUGGGAACCUAAGGUGCUGCGAGCAGCGAUGGGUGCCCAUUUCCGCCUUCCCAUCUUCCCCAGCUUGGACUGGGACGACAUUCAAAACCAGCUGCCAAAGUCUGUGACUGUCCACGUGGCAGAUAACUGCAGCGGCUCUGAGAGAGAAGUACCUGAGGACGUGGAAGCAAACCAGUCCAAUAAACCUUCAAAGCCGGGGGACUAUGGAUGGGUGAGUAGCAGUCCUAAUCGUAAAGACAUGCACUAUGAGGAAUAUCAAUCAGAUUCCGAACUGUCGUUUCCAAGAGUGGAGACCAAAUUGUACCAUGAAGGCUGGGCUCAGGGGAACACAGGCCUUGUGAUUGGUGGAGAGACUCAUGGACUGAGUCUGGAAGCCGUCCAAUUGGCUGAGAGAACUGCCGGUCAAAGACUGUUUAUCCCUGUGGUCCCUGGCGUGGACAGUCUCAACUCAGCCAUGGCAGCCAGCAUCCUCCUGUUUGAAGGCAGAAGGCAACUGUUAAACCUAAUGGAGACGUCUGGGAGGAAAGCUCAAUCUAAAGUGCAAUUUCCAUGAUUUUGCUGCAAGCCAUUUUGAGUGUAACGGACAUGUUAUUCCUGGUGUUUGUCACUUUUUCCAUGCAUACAUUCUAGACUGCACAACACCUCUUUACUGUACCUCAUGUCAGACUGAAUCAUAUGGAUGGAUUUAAUUUCCAUAUUCAACUC